UUUUUUUUUUUUUUUUUUUUUUUCCCCACUCAUGUCUCACCAUCCUGAUGUGCCCGUCGCAUGUAUCCUUGCCCUUCAUUGGAUAGAUUCUAUGAUAUCAGUCAUUUACCCCAUGGACAGAUAGAUGAACACACAAAGACCAUGGCCAUUUUAAUCACCAAUGUGUAAGUUUUGUAUUUUUGAGUGGUGGUGGGGGGAGGGGGUUCCUGAAACGAAAAUCAACAGAAACUGACAAAGGAAGGGGGAUAGGUUUGAAAAUGGAAAUACCAAGAUGGGUUUUGCCGUAAGUGAAAAACUAUAUCAGAAGGAGUGAAAAAAAACAGGAGGAGGACUCACGAGAUCAAGCAUGGUUUCAUUAGGCUGCAGAAAAAUUGGGUGAUUGUCGAGGUUAUACAAGGUAAAAGAGAAAGAGAAAGAGAAAGAGAAAGAGAAAGCCGCCCGCCGCCCCCACUCCGGAUCACUCAUCGUUGUUUGUUUGUUUGUAAUGGAUGGAUAGUGGUUAUAUUGGAUUCACCACAGGUACCAAUGACGCUUAUGCCGUGGUCAAAGAAUACGUGCGGCGUCAACCUUUCGCUCCCCUCGCUUACUACUUGAGCGCGCUUGAAAGACUGACGACGUAUGGCUUUGGUGAUCCCCAGCGAGACGACACGAGCCAGCUCCCACAAUUUCCUGAAGCUUGGAGGAAUGCAGCGUGUUCGGAUCCUGUCUUUAUCCAGACGCAACUCGACGUAGGAGAGGCCAUGUAUUUGCAACCCGCGUUAAGAUAUGCGGCGAGUGCUGGCGUCACAUCCAACCUUGGCAAAGCCAUCUUUUACGACACGAUUGUUCAACAUGGCUGGCAAUAUGUCGAGCCCUACAUUAACCUGCCGCGUCUCUUGGCCCUGACGGGCCCCAAAAGAGCAGGCGAGUCCGAAAAGGACUAUUUGACGCGGUUCUUGACCACACGUCGUCAGUUGGUGUGUUGUUAUCCGGGUGGUGUCUGGAAUGAUUCGGCGGAUAGAAUGCAAGAUUGGCAGACCGUGGUGAAUCAAUGGGAGCAGACCCAGGACUUGAGAAACAGGGUCGUCUUGCCUAUUUACGGUGCAUCCGUCACCGGCAACGAAGACAUUCAUGUCGAUAGUCAGCGCUGUAGAGGAACAAGAAGGAACAGCCACCCCAGGCUACCCGAGUCUAUUUCUGUUUCUCUUCCUACGACGUGCGAUCGUAGAUAAGCCUUAUUGUCUGUAAAAUAAUUUAGCCCAGGGGAAAAAAAAUAGAUUUUCUCUUUUUUUUUUUUUUUUUUUU